CUCUCGGUUCCUGGAGGUUGGGAACAAGACCCGAGUUCCGUCUGAAGAUCAUGGAUCCCCAGGAAGACUGAGGCCAGCUCACUUGCCUGUCCUCAGCUAGGACCUCUCACCUCUCAUUUAUCUACCGCGGACCAUCAGCAAGCCAGGUCACUGCAGCGCCCGCUCGCUCGCUUGCUCACUCGCGGGCCAAAGCUUGUUCUCACCCUCCAAGCAGUGAGAGCCACUGAUCCGCACCCACAACCCCAGUCUACUUAUGAGAUAAACAUCAGACAAAUCCCAGUUGAGGCACAUUCUGCAGAAUGCCUGACCACUUCUCAGGACUGUCAAGGUCAUCCAAAACAAGGAAAGCCUGAGGAACUGUCACAGCCAAGAGGAGCCUAAAGAGACAUGUCGUGUGGUAUCCUGGCCAGAAAAAGGACACUGGUGAACACUAAGGAACUCUGAGUAUCAAGACGAUUCCCGUAGCUCCAGGCAUCACAUCCACAUUCCAGGCUGAAGGAAGAAGACAGUAGGAGUAAAGGGGGAGCUUCAUUGACAUUUUUCCUUUUAUCGGGAAGAUAAGUUUUCUUAGAAGUCUAACAGCAAAUUUCCGCUUUGAUCUCCUUUUCUAGAAAUGGGGGCAAGGACACCCCAGGAGCAAGGGGACCUGGAAAGUGAAGAUGUCCCUUUAUCGAGACUCUGUGGAGAGGUGAGGACGGAGGGAGGGGAUUAGGGACAUGGAUGCACUAUCUGCCCCAAAUGGGAUCAGAUAUAUAUAAAGCACUCAGAGCAAACCCAGCCUUCAGAAAGAGCCACCUAGUCUCAUAAUUAUUAAUUAAUCAUUAAUCAUAUAGUAAUAAUUGUCAUUAUUUAAAGCUUUACAGUCACUAUGAUCCUCUUGGCGUCAGACCUUGGAUUCCGGAACCACUGGGCACUGAGGUGCCCAUACCCCAGUGGUCUCCUUCCUUCCCUCCUUAUACCGUUCAGAGCACUGAAGCCCUUUAAAAAAAAAAAAAAAAAACCCAGCCACAUUUUCCAACGUAAGCCACUUCCUGCUCUCAUUAACUCCAUCCUCAGUGACUGAGGCAGACCCUGCUCCCUGCUUGAAGCAGGUAGGAGACUGUACAAAUCAAAGGCCCCUCGGGCCCAUCACCGGGUCAGUAUCAAGGUCUCCUCCAAGGACACUGGGAUGGAAACAGCAGAAGAGCCAACCCCAAGUCUUGGGCAGACCCUGGAGUGGCUGAGAAAGGAGCUGAGAGAAGAAACCUGCAUAAGGAUUGGGAUAUGAACGAUAUAUUUGGAGGCGCAGCCUAGAGAGGUGAGAACGAGGGAAAGAGGGGGUGGUGGCAAAGGGUGAUGCCAUGUGAGGCGAUGCACUGUGUCACCAAGCAGGCCACCACUUCGGAAGGAACCUCAAGAGGCCCAGUGCUCUCUCCGCAGCCGGUUUUCCUGGCUGCAAUGUUCUCUGCAGGAUGCAGGGGUUAAAGGGGAAUCUGCACCCUGGGGGAGGGGGACAGAGGAGAAACUGUACUUGCCCAGCUCACUCCUGUCUCCUGUUUCCUGUGGGUAAAGGUCCACCCCCUGGGCAUUACCCCUCCUGAAUUCAUGGAUUACGUUACUUGGUUCCUUGCUGGCUGCUCCGGAAGCCAGGCCGUAUGCCUCUCUUCGUGCUGUUUUCUCCAAGUCCAAAAACAGAGGGAUGCCCCAGAGCUCAUGAGGACACUGGUCAAGAGAGAGAAAGAAGUGGUUCAGGGAAUCUCAGAAGGCACCCAAGGGAGUCGCAUAACUCCAUAACGACACCCCUGGAGCCCAGCCAAGAGGCUUCACUUGACCAGCAGGGAGGGAUCAGCCCUGGACAGUGACUUGGCGCGUCAGAGGGAGCAGAGUGGCUGAGAUGCAGGUUCAGGACCAGAGACUGCUGCUCACACUGAGGCAUCUUCACAGGGUCCUGGAGGAACUGCGUGCUAAGAGUGCUCACUGGGACGAUGCCACGUCCAGCAGAGGGACGUCCCCCAUCAGAGCUCGAGCGGGCUCUGAAAGCCGGGGCUGCCCCUCCAUCUCCUCCAAGGCGUUGGCCCAGCUCCUCCAAGGGGCAGACAGCCGGCGAAGCUCCCUCCCUUGACUAACUGACCAGGCCUGAGGCCGGGCUUGAACUCUCCCCCUGCUUGUCCAAGCUUUUGACUGUGAUGUUGCUGGAAGAGAGCACUGGAAUGGGAGUCGGGGAGCCAGGGCUCUGGGUUCCUCUCUGCCCUCAUCCGCUAUGCGUCCUUGAACCCAUCACUCAACUUCUCCGUGUCAUUGGUUCCUUUUCAGUGGCUCAUCAGGGUUUUUGGUGAGGCACAAAUAAGAUAUCGGGUGUGAACACCAGUGGAUUCGUGGCCUCUGGCAAGCAGUAAUCCUACCCUUGGGCAUUUCUCAUAAGGCGAUUGUCAAGACAAAGGAAGAUCUCCACGCAGAGGAUGUUUGCUGUUGCCCUGGCGAAAAUUAGUGCCCCCUCCCCCACCCCACAGUGACUCCAUAGUUGUUUUCUGUCUUCCCAGAGGGCCUUCAGAUUCCUCCCUCGGAAAGCAACAGGCCCAGUCACCACUCCAGCCACAGGGAUGGGCCUAUGGCCAGGCCUGGCCAAUAAUAAUUCAUAACCACCCUAAUAACAUGAUUGGCCCAACGGGAGGGCAUGUGACUCAACAGAGCCAAUCACAGUCCUUCUCUGGGAUCGCUAUCUGGAUGUUCUUGCCACUGCGGUUGCAAGGCGGGGGAGUGCGGCAAAUGGCCAUGUGCUCUCCCUACCAGGUGAAGAAAACUUGACCUCAGUAGGAAAAAAAAAGGGGGGGGGGUAGAGGAAGAGCCACAGGACAGAUGGACAGAGAGGAAGGGCGCUGGCUCUUUUUAGUCCCUGAUUGUGUGAGUUACUCUUCCAUUCUUUCCAGUGACACAACCAGGAAAUUCCACCACCACAUCCUCCACCACGCACACCCGAUUUGUUUCUGCUUAAGCUGACUUGAGUAGGGCUGCCCUCACGUGCAACCCAAACGAUCCUGAAGAAUACAACCCAGAUGUUCAAAGAAGCAACGAGAAACGCUAAAGAAAAGGGCAUUUUGCGCACUCGGCGUUGGCAGCAACAGUCCUGGAACCUCAGACGAUGAGGUUUGGGCUGUGACAGAACGCUCUGUCGUAUGCGGUGCUGGGGUCAUAACUUUGACAGGUUCUAUCUGCCUAUAAGAAAGACUUUAAAAAUAAGACAGGCGAAAAUGUAAAAGGCCUUGUGUUACGAUGGUCCAAUGAUUGGUCAGACUUUUUAUUUUUGAGAAUCGACUUGCAUGUUGUUAGAAUAUUGUUUUUCUGGCUUUGGAAAAGUAAAGCCAUUGUAUACAGAGGCAAAGGGGGAUGUGUUGUAUGUACAAUGCUUACAGUCAGACUAACCUGGGAUUUUAAUACAAUACAGUGUUUGAUAAUAUAAAAAAAAAUACUUCUCUAUCCCACAGCUGAGAGGAUAAACAAAAUGUGGUAUGUACUUAAAAUCGAAUAUCCAUCAGCCUUGAAAAGGAAGGAGAUUCUGGCACGUCCUACAACAUGGGUGAACCUUGAAGACAUGAUGCUAAGUGAAAUGAGCCAGUCACAGAAGGACACUGUAUGAUCCCAUUUGUAUGAGGCACCUUGCAUAGUCAAUCCAUAGAGGCAGGGAGUAGAAGAUUGGCUGCCAGGAGCUUAGGGAAGGGACAGCGGGGAGUUAUUGUUUAAAGGGUCCACGGUUUCAGUUUUGCAAGAUGAGAAAAGUUCUAUGGUUGGAUGGUGGUGGUGGCGGGGCCAUAACACUGUGAAUAUACUUGAUGUCACCGAGCAGCACCCUGAAAAAUGGUUAAAAUGGCAACUUU